AUGGUUGCUGUCAUCUAUUAUGUUACUGUUAUCCCUUUAGUCGUAGCUUGGGCGAUGAUCUCGUUAGGACCUCUUGGGAUCCUUCUAGCUCAUAUCCAAUGGGUACUGCAAACCAAUGCCAUUACAACUAUGAUCUGUCGCAACAUUGUGCUUUCUCAUAUGGACAACCAAAUCUUUGACAUUACUCUUUACUUGAAUGGCCAAAAGGAAUUCCUGAGAAAAGCUAAAUUCAUCAAAGUUACAGAAAAGCCACAUCCGACGCACGGCUUUUUUAGCGGCUCUUGGCAGAUGACCUUUCCCCUGCUGGUCGUCCAUCUUAUCAGAAAAGGCUUGAUUUUGAUCAUCUUGGCUCUCCUAUCUUUGAUACCUAUCUUUGGUCCUCCAAUCACCAAUCAAGUGCUAAGCGGAAGGAGAGGUUUCUCAUACAUGAGGCGGUACUUCGCCUUGAAGGGCCAAAGCGCAGCAGAAGCCAAAGAUUUCCAAUAUGAGCACUUGGGAUUAUUUUUCAGUUUUGGGAUGGCAGCGGGAAUCCUGGAAUUCAUACCAUUAUUCUCUAUCAUUACAAUUACAAGCAACACAAUCGGAGCGGCAAAGUGGAGCGUGGAUUUGAUUAAGAAAUCUCAAAAGUAG